ACAAGGCUCUGCCUUUUAUUUCACGCUAUUGUUUAUUUAAUACUCGAAGAAAACAAACAAAGAUUACUUCUUUAACCAUUAGUUUAAUCAAUCAUUCGUCUUCGGAGGAAAACUCCACGCCAUUGCCACAACCAAGCCUAUCUAUUCAUACACCAAGGUGUGCUCGCCAAUUGUGAUUGAAGUUGGGGAUUUGUUAAUCGUAUGCGGUCGGUCUGUUGAGAAUUGCGAUUUUGGGUUAGUCGGUUUCAAUUGAGUUUUCGAUAUUCUGGAAUAUUUUAUGUGCGCAGAUCUCCGAGGAGGCUUUUUGGAUUUCUGGCAAAGGAAAUAGGUGUGGAAUUGAAGUUUAUUUGGUUCGAUAGAUAGUGGUUUGGGAUUGAUUAGGGUUAUCCUGGAGAUUUUGUGUGUGUAUUUGGGAUAUUGGUGAUAGGAUCUUGUUUAGUUCUUCUGCUCUGAUUAGUUCGUUGUAUCCAAGCGUGCCGGGAGAAGGGGGAUUGGGUUUGCCUUCUGCCGAAGCUGUAGGCAGUUGAUUCUUAGAUUAUAUUUGUCGGAUCCUGGUGGGGGCGGGACGAUGAGUUCUAAUGCAUUGGAAGGUGUUGUUCAAUUGGGGAAACUUGUGAUUCAUAUUGCUGAGAAUGGGCACUCGUAUGAGCUUGACUGUGAGGAAUAUACGCUUGUUGAGGCUGUGCAGAAGUUCCUGGAGUCGGUUUGUGGGAUACCGUUCAAUGAUCAGCUUCUGUUGUGCUUGGACAUGAAAUUGGACUCUCAACGCCCACUAUCGACUUAUAAACUCCCAUCUAGCGAACGAGAAGUGUUUUUGUUCAAUAAAGCAAGGAUGCGGAGCAAUUCGCCUUCCCCCCAGCUGGAGCAAUGUGACAUUAUUGAUAUCCCAGAUCCCCCAGCACCGUCCUCAUCUCAUAACCCUCAUCCUCUGGAUGAUGCUUCAGAUCCUGCACUAAAGGCCUUGCCUUCAUACGAGAGGCAAUUUAGAUAUCAUUUUCAGUGGGGAGAUGCUAUUUACAGCCGUACAUCAGCUAAAAUUGAAAUGUGUGAGAGGCUUUUGCAAGAGCAGAAGGUGCAAGAGAGGGCGUUGGAGAUUGCAAGGGGUAAUUUGGAUUAUUUCUACAGAAUUGUGCUUCAAAACUACAGCGAUUUUAUGAAAUGUUACUCACAGCAGCACCGCCAACAUAAUAGCCUUUUGGUGAACUUUGGGAGGGAUGUGGAAAAAUUGAGAGCUAUCAGACUUCAUCCAUCAUUGCAAACUUCUAGCCGGAAGUGCCUGUUAGAUUUUGUGAAAGAAGAGAAUCUGCGGAAGACAGUCGAAGAUUGCAGUAGUUCCCACAGGCAGUUUGAGAACAAAGUUUCAGAAUUUAAACAGGAGUUUGGAGAUCUAAAGCACAAUACAGAAAAUUUAUUCUCUGGAAAGGCUUCAUUUCUUGUCAAGGAUUUGGAAUUGACAAUAAAAGAGCACCAGCAGUUUAUUAAUGAGCAAAAGAGCAUUGUGCAAGCUCUCAGUAAGGAUGUAAAUACCGUAAAGAAGCUUGUGGAUGACUGUAUUUCCAGCAAGUUGUCGUCUUCAUUACGCCCUCAUGAUGCUGUUUCUGCAUUGGGACCUAUGUAUGAUAGCCACGAGAAAAACUACCUUCCAAGGAUGCAAGAAUGUGAUCGUGCGAUUUCUAAUUUGCUCAACUUCUGUAGAGAUAAAAAGAAUGAGAUGAAUAAUUUUGUUCACAAUUACAUGCAAAAGAUUGCAUAUAUACAGUUCAGCAUCAAAGAUGUGCGCUACAAGUUCUCUGUGUUCCAGGAGGCGUUGAAGCGUCAGAGUGAUCAAUUUGAGCACCUAAAAGUUGUGCGUGGGAUAGGUCCUGCUUAUAGGGCAUGCCUUGCUGAAGUGGUGAGAAGAAAAGCUUCAAUGAAGAUCUAUAUGGGCAAGGCUGGGCAGUUGGCUGAAAAACUUGCUGCAGAUAGGGAUGAUGAAGUUAGGAGACGUGAGGAGUUUCUGAAAGUCCAUAAUACUUUUAUUCCUCGCGACAUUUUAGCAUCCAUGGGGUUGUAUGACACCCCUAACCCGUGUGAUGUCAAUGUUUCCCCCUUCGACACUAAUUUGCUUGCUCUAGAUUAUUCAGAUGUAGACCGUUAUGCUCCUGAAUCACUGGUAGGACCCUCUACUAGGAGUGAGAAACAUGGGUCUCCGAGGACAUCCCUGUCAAUGUCGAAUGAGGGUUCUCUCUCAUCUGAAGUUGAAGGAUGUGGCGUAGACCUCCCAGAGAAGUAUGAUUUUCAGGAAUUUAUUGAGGGGUCAGAAUUGAUGGAGAUUGCGGGGACUAGCAAGAUGGAAGUUGAGAAUGCGAAACUGAAAGCUGAACUUGCUUCCAAAAUUGCCCUAUUAUGUUCAAUGAGCACCGAGCUUGACUAUGGAUCUUUUGAUGAUGAAAAAAUAGAGAACAUGUUGAGAAAUGCUGCGGAGAAGACAUCUGAAGCUUUGCAUCUGAAAGAUGAGUAUGGAAAACACCUCCAAUCAAUGCUAAAGAUGAAGCAAAUGCAGUGUGAGUCUUAUGAAAAACGGAUUAAGGAAUUAGAACAAAGGUUGUCUGAUCAGUAUCUGAGGGGUAAGAUUUCGGCAGAUGGGGACGAAUCUGCAGUUUCAACUGCAAAGAUAAAUGAUAACAAGUCGGAUGUAUCAGGACUUGAAGAAGUGCCCCAUGCAAUGGAAGAAGUCUCUUGCGCAUCGAGCUCAUUGAAAUCGGGGGUUGUCCCUGAUCAUAGUAAGGCACAAGAAGGACUAGGGGAUAAUAUGACAGACUCCUCUAUCAUGUUAAAUCCACAGUUGGAUUCAUCAAUGCUAGAUCUGCACCGUGAGAAAGGACAUCUCCAUGACAGGGAAAAGAAAGAUGUACCGUUGUCUGAUGUAGGCAUGGCACUUACUGCUAGUAACAUGGCGGUCAGCAUGUCUCGACCAACAGACUUAUUGUCUUAUGAAACAGCUGUUCAGCCAGAUUUAGGUGCUAAAGAAUGUGAUAGCCUUGUGGUAGAAUUGCAAAACGCCCUAGCAGAGAAAUCAAGUCAAUUAGAGAAUGCAGAAACUAAGAUCCAAGAAUUAAUGGAUGAUGUUUCCAAGCUUGGGAGGGAGUUAGAGAUCGGUCGAAAGCUGCUCGAUGAAUCUCAGAUGAAUUGUGCUCAUUUAGAGAACUGUCUGCAUGAGGCGAGAGAGGAGGCUCAAACCCAUCUUUGUGCUGCUGAUCGUAGGGCUUCAGAGUAUAGUGCAUUACGUAUCUCUGCCAUCAAAACACGCGGUCUUUUUGAAAGAAUGAAAAACUGUGUUUUGACAUCUGGGGUGGCAACUUUCGCUGAUGCUUUGCGUAGUUUAGCUCAGUCUUUAAACAGUGUUGCCAGUGAAACUGAUGAUGACGGUACUGUUGAGUUCCGUGACUGCAUAAGGGUGCUAGCAGAUAAAGUCAGUGCUUUGUCGAGACAACGUGCUGAAUUGCUCGACAGACACUCCAAAAUUGAAGCUGUAAGUGAGAAACUUACUAAGGAACUAGAAGAGAAGAAAGAGUUGGUGAAUACUCUUUACAUGAAGCAUCAACUCGAAAAGCAGGCGAACAAAGAGAAGAUAUCCUUCGGGCGGUUAGAAGUGCACGAGAUAGCUGCAUUCGUCCUAAAAUCUUCUGGUUACUACGAGGCCAUCAACCGCAACUGCCCUUACUACUAUCUAUCUUCUGAGUCGGUAGCCUUGUUCACUGAUCACCUCCCGAGCCGUCCAAGCUAUAUUGUAGGGCAGGUCGUGCACAUUGAAAGAAGAAUAGCAAAGUCACCAGCCCCGGCAUCACAACAAAGCGAGCAUGGUAGAGACCGGGUGGAUGUGCUGAUGCCGGAGAUUGGCAGCCGGCGGUUGGGGUUGAGUUCAGCAUCUGCAUCAAACCCUUAUGGUCUCCCUGUUGGGUGUGAAUACUUCAUAGUGACCAUAGCCAUGUUACCUGAUACCACAAUUCAUUCACCUACUUCCUGAUCUUGUUGCAAAUUGGCAGAUGGACAUGAUGGAAGGAAGAUACCAAGUGUAAAUAUAUUUUAUGAUUUGCUGCCGAAGAUGAACUCUGUUUCAUUUUACUUUCAUCUUCUCUUGUAUAGUUACAAUUUGAUUCAAUCCAUCUCUUUGUACAUAAUGGUUUCGUGGCAUCUCUUUUCAACUCUGUUUAUUUUA